AUGAUGGACCAACAGGCCAAGCCGACGCUCCCGGCUGCCAGCCCCAACGCCCGCGGCAGCCCCUUUGCCUACCAGUCCAAGUACCUCGAGCGGUCCGCAUCUCGUAGCAGCACCUUUUCGCUCUCCAACUCUUACGACACCACGCCACGCACAGGUCUUCAACACGCCCCCUCCACAAGACGCUUCCCCGCUCCGCACCGUCACACCGCCUCGCUUGACCCUCAACGUGCUGCAGAGCUCCGCGCUGCCGCUUCUGCUAGCAGCCCUACAAAUUCUCCGUUCGGCGCAUCCUCAGGUGCUUUUGGAUCCAACGGAAGCCUCCACAGCUCUGGUUCCAACCAUUCGGUCGGAGCUGCCGCUACCUCCCCGACUCCUGCCACCUUCAGCAAAGCUACUUUCCCAGCAGCUUCGCGAGGCGUCAACGGUCGACCCACUUCCAUGCCUCCAGCACCACGCGACAACCUCUUCAACUCGUCUACAGUCGGACGUGCGCGGGCAUACUCGCCUACCAAGGAUCUUCACGACCGCGCAGUCUCGCCCACCAAGAACCUCAGCCAUGACUCGCCACUCUCCUCGCCCAGGAAGGACGACAGCUCUUGGAUCCAGUCGCCCUCGACGCCCAAGCAGGGAAGCUUUUGGAGCAACGGUGUCAAUGGCGCCAAUGCUGGGUCAACUGCUGGCGGUCCUUCGCAGCUCCACCUCGGAGGCGUCAAGGAUCUCAAACGCUCCAGCGUCGGUGCGCUCAAGAUGAUCAGGGACUUUACCCAAAAGACCGACGAUCUUGGCGCCAUGGGCGAUCAACAUGGUCACACUCGUAUGACCGUCGGGCGCUCGCGAGGUCAACGCACACAGAGCAUGGAUGCAUCCGGCGGCCCGCUCGCAGACCGUCUAAACAGCCUCAAUCUCGAACCUACUAUCGAGGAGGGAUGGCAAAAGCCAGGACGACCAGGACGCAUGGAGAGCGAGGAUCAGGAGGGCGAGAUCGUCCUUCCCGGUAUCACCACGGGCGCCGAGGAUGUCGCCGGUCUUCAGGGUCGUAUCCGCCUAGCCCGUGCAGAUGGUCCAGGCACCAUGGCUCUCGGCCGUCCCACUACUUCCAACCUUCCCUUCACCAGCUCGAGCAAGUGGAUGGACACGCAGCGUCACCUUCUCCAGGCGUACGAGUACCUUUGUCACUGUGGAGAGGCCAAGGAGUGGAUGGAGCUUCACGUAGGCGAGCACCUCGGGGACGUCGUCGAGAUGGAAAACGAGAUGCGUAACGGUAUCUUCCUCGCCAAGCUUGCCAAGAAGUUCGAGCCCGACUGCGUUCCUCGCAUCUUUGUCCAUCCCAAGCUCCAGUACCGCCACACCGACAACAUCAACUACUUUUUCUCCUUCAUCAACAAGGUCGGGCUACCGCACUUCUUUCAGUUCGAGCUGACCGACCUGUACGAGAAGAAGAACUUCCCCAAGAUUGUCUACUGCAUCCACGCGCUCAGUCACGUUCUCGCACGGCAAGGAAGGGCGCUCAAGGUGGGCAACCUCAUCGGCAAGCUCGAAUUUACUGACGACCAGCUUCAAAAGACCCAAAAGGGCCUCGAUGCGUCCGGUGUCGCCAUGCCCUCGUUCGGCGGUGUCGGCAAGGCGCUGGCCAAGGAGAUGAACAUCGAGCCGGAGCCCGAACCAGAGACGGAGCAGGAACGCAUCGACCGCGAACUAAUGGAGAACAUCGACGCUGUCGUGGCACUGCAGACCGCAUCGCGCGCCUUUGUCGCUAGGAUGCGCUUCGCCGAUCGUCUCCACGCCGAGAUCCAGCGUCGUCACGAGGAAGAGGCGCGAUUGGCGGCGGCGGCGGAAGCAGAGCGGGUCCGACAGCGUCGAGCAGAAGAGGAUCGCAUCGUAUCCCGCUGGACUCCUGUGGUGCAGGCCCAGAUUCGAGGCGUCCUUGCUCGACGCACCCACCAUCGCAAGCAGGCAGCUCUUCAGACCAGCACACGCACCUUUGUCGGCUUGCAAGCUGCUGUACGAGCCAAGCUCGCUCGCCAGUCCCACGUAGAGCACGUCAAGCGCGUCCACGAUUUCAGCAACGCCCGCGCCAUCGAGAAGUUCCAGGCGUGCGCGAGGGGCGCCCUCUACCGUCGUCGAUGUUUUGAGAAGAUCAAGGCGCUCGACAAGCACGAGACCGGCGUGGUCGGCUUGCAGGCACAGAUCCGUGGCCGCCUGGCACGCGCGGCGUACGAGCAUCGCAUCUACCGUCUUGCCGAUUCCACUGAGGACGUCAUUCGAUUGCAGGCUGCCUGCCGAUCCGUGCUUGCCAAGCAGAAGCUGUUGGGCACGAUCCGUGGCUUGCGCAGCUCGAACGAUGCGAUCACUGCCAUGCAGGCGCAGAUCCGUGGCGUGUUGGCACGCAAAAACCACGUCAGGAUGAGCUCGGCGUUGCAAAAAGUCGAGGUCAAGGCGGCUGUCGGUGGCUUGCAGUCCUUCGCCCGCGCUGCCCUCGCGCGCCGCAAGCACCAGGAGCAAAAGAAGCAACUCGACUUUGUCACUCCUGACGUUGUCGGGAUCCAGGCCGCUAUCCGAGGUAUGCUGGUACGCCUCGAGUACGAUUGGUGGAGGAACCACAUCAUCCAAAGCGAGCCCGUCGCCAUUCACCUGCAAUCUCUCAUCCGAGGCGCUCUCAGCCGCCGCCAGUUCUUCUCGCGCCUGCGCCACUACCACGAGCACAUGGACAAGGUCGUCAAGAUCCAAAGCCUCUUCCGUGGUCGACAGCAGGGCGAGCAGUACCGCAGCUUGACCAUGGGCAAGAAUGUGCCCGUCGCCACCAUCAAGAACUUUGGUCAUUUGCUCAACGAUUCCGACGCCGAUUUCGAGGACGAGAUCGAGGUCGAGCGUCUGCGCAAGCUCGUCGUUCAGGCGAUCCGUGAGUCGCAGACACUCGAGAGCGAUGUUGCGGAGCUCGAUACAAAGAUCGCAUUGCUCGUCAAGAACAAGAUCGGCAUCGAAGAGCUGAUCAAGGCCAAGAACGAGCGUGGACUGCUCGGACAGCGUGAGGCGGCCGCGGCGGUGCAGAAGCGAAAUUCGGUGCUGGUGGCUGCCAACGAUCCCUUCGCCGACCAUGCGCUGGAUCGCGCCUCGAGGAGGAAGUUUGAACUGUACCAGGAGCUCUUCUAUGCCCUGCAGACGCGACCCGAGUAUCUGGCUCGUCUCUUUGCCCGCGUCGGCAAGAUCGACAUGGCCGACCGGGACAAGCGGCAGGUGGAGAAGAUCGUGCUGACGCUUUUCGGAUAUGCGCAAAAGGCCAGGGAAGAGUUUCUGCUGCUCAAGCUGUUCCAGCGAUGUGUCGAGGAGGAGCUCGGCUUCGUUUCGACGGUGCAAGAGUUCAUUCGAGGCAAUGCGCAGUUUAUCAAGCUGGUCGCGCAGUACAAUCGCGGCGCUCGAGAGCGCAAGUAUCUCAAGGAUUUGCUGGCGCCGCUGGUGUCGGACAUCAUGACGCAAGAAGGCCUCGAUCUCGAGACGGACCCUUGCGCCAUCUACCGCGCCACGAUCAACCAGGAGGAGAUGGAGACGGGCCAGCCUUCGCGCCGUCCUCUCGAGGUAGCCUUCAACGAGGCUCUUGCCGACCCCAUGGCGCGGACCAUCUUUAUCCGUCACCUCCAAUCUCUGCGUGCAACCACCGACGCGUUCCUGUCCGCCAUCCUCGCUUCCACCCGCAAGAUGCCGUACGGUGUGCGCUACUACGCACGUGAAGUGUUCCGCGCCCUCCAGUCCAAGUUCCCGGACGAGCCGUCGGACGCGCUCAUCAAGGUCGUCGGACAUCUGGUGUACUACCGCUACCUCAACCCGGCCAUCGUUGCGCCAGAGGGAUUCGAUGUCGUGGAGACGCUCGUCGGACCUGUCCAGCGCAAGAACCUGGCCGAGGUGUCCAAGAUGCUCACGCAGAUCGCCGUCGGUCGACUGUUCAACGACGACAACCCGUACCUGCAGCCUUUGAACGACUACGUCUCGCACGCGUCCGAGCGGUUCACCAAGUGGCUCUACACCAUCAUCGACUGCAUCGAUGCCGAGAUGCAGUUCAGCGCAGACGAAUUCCUCGACCACACUGUGCAGAAGCCGGUCAUCUACAUUUCGCCCAACGAGAUCUACUCGAUGCACCUCUUGCUCUCCCAACAGCUCGACCAUCUGGCACCUCAAGCGGAAGAUCCGCUCCGGGUGAUCCUGAAGGAGUUGGGGGCGGCGCCAGUGUCCAACACGCAGGAGCUGAACAGCGCACGCGAUAGCGAGAUCACGUUCGAGCUCGUUUCGCGGAUGGCGACGCUGCAGGAUCCAGAGGCGGAUAUGAAGGCGUUGUUCGUCGAGACCAAGCGGUUGGUGUUGAGUUUGCUCAAGGUUCAGUCGGGCAAGACGUUGGUGGAUGUGUUUGUGGCGCCGGUGACCGAGGUGGAGGAGAGGCAGUGGGAGGAGAUUGUGGUGUUUGAAGCGAACCAGCCGCGGACGCAUCAGAGUGGGGGUGGGGGGAGGUUGGAGGAUGUCCGACGGAUGAGUUUUGCAGAACUCAAGGCUAGGACGUUGGAGAACAUGUUGCGCUUGGAACAGCUCGGCAAGGUUUCGCGGGCGAACAAGUAUCAGGAUAUGCUGAAUGCGAUUGCGAUCGAUAUUCGCAACAAGCACAGGAAGAGGAUUCAGCGGGCGAACGAGAAGCAGGCGAUGAAUGGAACGCUCACGACGUUGGCCGAGAAGAAGAGGUACCUCGAAGAGCAGAUUGGAAGCUACCACUCGUACAUCGAUGCCAGCAUGCAGACGAUGCAAGGGGGUAGGAAGGGGAAGAAGAGGUUUGUACUGCCGUUCAGUCAGCAGUACUUCCAUCUGAGGAGUUUGAAGGCGAAUGGAGGUAAGGUGCCGAAGUUUGGAAGUUAUCGGUAUGGAGCGGGGAAGUUGAUGGAGAAGGGCGUGUUGGUGAGGAUGGAUGGUGUGGUGGGAGGGAAGGGUGAGGGAGGGAUGGUUAGUAGUGGAAGUGGUGGGGUGAGGGAAGGCGCGGGAGAGGUGAAUUUGACCAUCAGCUCGGAUCAGGCGGGUGUGUUUAGCAUCGAGGUACUCAACGGUCCGGCGGCAGGUGCGAGUCAGGACGUCAGGAUCGAGGAUCUGCUCGAGAGUCAGUUCAACUCCCAGUCCACGCUCGCCUUGUUGGAUGGAAGGAUGGAGGUCAGCGUCAACCUGUUGGUUCAUCUGAUCAACAAGAAGUUCUACGCGUAA